AUGUUAUGUCCGAAAACAAUUACAGAUGCUGUUAAACUUAUUCAGAAAUUCGGUUCAUAUCAACAAAAUCCAGGAUAUUAUUUAAUUAGCCAAGUUCCAUUUUUGUUAAACAACCUUAUUUUAUAUCUAAAGGCAAUACAAAGUUUAAUAGAUACUAAAGACAAAUUAUGGCUCAGUUUAGUUUCGAAAGCUAAAUAUGUCAAUUCUUUUGCGAAGUUUUAUUUGGGGCUUUUGACACCGGUCUCAAGCAAGUUCAGCAAGUCAUCGGCUGCAUGGCAGCAUCGUUUGUUAUUGUCAAACGUUUUAUUUUCUCUGAUUUUUGAAUCUGCAAAAACAAACAUAGAUUCGAUUCAAUUAUCGGCCACGUACUGUGAUAAACUGAUCAAAAUACUUCCAAAUUCCCCUCCCGAAGUAGAAAUGUCGUUAGUUAGAAAUAUUAUUAAUAUUUCUCGAAAAUUUUCUUACAAAACUGCAAGGGAUGUACACCAAACCAGAUUUAAUACAUUACUAACUACAAUUGCCACGAAAAAAGAUUCAAUCAGUUAUCCGGUAAUAAUUUCGUUCCUAAUGACCGCGAAACCGAGAGUUGUUUCAGGUCUGCGAAUUCUCAAGUCUAUGUUCAUAUACGGAAUCCGUUCUCCUUCAGAUGUGUCUCAUAUUGCUGCAAUGGCUGAUUACGCUGGCCCAAUUCCGACCUUGAAAACAUUAGCGCGUAAAGGCCUUGAGAACAAAUUAUGGCAUAGAUUAUGUUUCUUUUACAUCAGAGAUUUGUUGAUACGAUUUUCUAGCGACUCAGAGGUCAUCGAUUGGGGUCAAUCGUUUAUUAGACGAUUGUUCUUAUUGGUGGCACUCUCCUCGUCAAGGAAUAAGUAUCAUACAAAGACAUUAUUAAUUUGUGAGGAUUUGUCAAUGCUAACGAACGUCCAUCUUAUCUGGUGUCAACAAGCAUGUCAUAUAGCUGCUGCUUCCAUGUUCGCAACUCGCUCUGUUCCAACUUAUUUCACUCAAUUUUUCUCAAUCGUUGCACAGCCAGAUCCAGCGUUAAUGCUUGACUUCACAAACUUCAAUAGCAAUCCUGUUGUAUUGAAAACUUUUCCAUUUGACAAAAAAGGAAAUUUUGUUUUUGUUAUUCGUGGACCAUUAGAAAAAUUGACAACUUCUCCACGUUCAAUUGCGUCAAAGAAGAUUUUGAAGCCAAAUAUCAAGAAGCAAUCGAUUUCUCCUCAUAAUACUCGAUCAAAACUUCCAUCUCUUAGAAGUACUAAGUCAAAGAGAUGA